UAACCGGAACUUUUACUCGGCGUCAUCAAAGUCUAGUUUUAGUUAUAACUUUUAUGGAAAAUAAUACGGGCCAGAAUAAUAAAAGAAAUUUAUUAACAGGCGUUAUUGGAAGGAGAAACGUGCCAUUGUGGUUGGCUGGGAUAAAUUUACCGGUGAACAGUCAUGGGAGGUUCUCACAGCGUUUUCACCGAGGCGGAGCUAGACGACUAUCAAGAGUUGACAUUCUUUAGCAAAAAGGAAAUCCUCCAUGUACACAAAAGAUUUCAUCUGUUAGACCCAGAAGCUGUUAGGAGAGACAAAAAUGCAUGUCUUCCAAUGGACAAAAUCCUUGAGCUACCAGAAUUGAAGGUAAACCCUUUCAAGGAUCGCAUCUGUAAGGUAUUCUCCUCCACCGAUGACGGCUCCCUGACGUUUGAAGACUUUCUCGACAUGAUGUCCGUCUUCAGUGACUCCGCCCCCAAGAGCAUGAAAGCAGAAUAUGCAUUCAGAAUCUAUGACUUUGAUGAGGAUGAUUUUAUCAGCAGUGCAGACAUUCGUGAGAUGGUGAACCGACUAACUGGUGAGCAACAGAUCACUGACGAUGACAUGCAACAUCUCAUCAAUAAUAUCUUUGAAGAAGCUGAUCUUGACGACGAUGAUGCUUUGUCUUUUGCGGAGUUUGAGCAUGUCAUCUCCAAGGCCCCUGACUUCAUGAACACUUUCCGCAUCCGCCUGUAAGAGUCUGUAAGGAGCUUCCUCUUUGCUGGUCCCACCCUCAGUUUCACCCGCCUGGUAACCAGAAAAGAUCAUUUAAAAAAGAUAAAUACUCUAUAAAUGUUAUUCUCUCCUGCAAACUGAUACCUUGUCAUACAGUGCAAGGUGAUUUUUUUCUUCAGAAAACCAUUGCCAGGGAUGUAGUCAAGGCAGGCCUUACGGCACUUUUUUCCUGGCCUUGCCUCUCCCAGGCAGAGUCAAAUGUAAAUUUUACAUGUAAUUACAUUCACAAUUCUCCUUACUGUACAUAUGAUUUGAUGCUCAAAAGUGUUGGGUGAAAAUUUCUGAAAAUUCAUGAAUGCUUGGUUGGCAAGUCCAUUUUGGGUCUGAUAUUUGAGUAUCGUCUUAAGAUCUUAAGAUUUACCACAACUAGAUAAAUAAAUUAAAUUAUUCUUAUUUUUUUGGGGGGGAUAUAACAGUGACUAAAGCUAUAUUGUAUUCAUCCCGUCUGAACGGUCUUUUAGGAUCUAUGACUGGACGUACAGACGUGACAGCGUCUUCCGUUUGGGUUCAUUCGCACCUCCACUUGAGGCAUGUUCUGGACCUGUUGACAUAACGCUUAGCAAUCGAUCUUGAGGCAGAUUUCUAUGGUUGAGUGCAUUUAUUUUUGUGUAUGAUCAAUUAUAAAGAUUAGCCCCAUGAUCAGACGCUGAUCUUCAUGUUACCUGGCCCUGGCCUUGGUGUGUUUGCGUUGUGUGUUCGUCCAUUAACAAGAAUUUCAAUGUGCCUGAUUUUGCCUGCGCACCUGUUCGGUGUCGCAGUUAAGAAUUUAUGUCUUUCAUAUUUGAGCAAUCUAUUUGUACAUAUGUUAUAAUUAAAAUGAUUUAAUUGAAAUUUAUGAAAGUGAUAAUUACACUGAAUUUAUAGAUGUACUGUUAGCAAUGCGGUGUCACAAUCGACCAGUCUCCUGCUUCUGGCACAAAUGUCCCAUGGAUCGACCAUGGAAUAAUUUUCAAAAUUCCAAUUUUAUUCUCAAUAAAUUUUACAUAUUUUUUACUUCUUGUAAAAAAGCAACAAACAUAAGAGGAAUUGCCUUAUUGGAAUUGAAUAUUCUUGUUAUUAUGACAAUUUGUGUCUUGAAUGCAUUUACUUCAUUGCUAAUGCUUCAGGAGAGAAUACUAAGACACAGGGGCAUUUUAAAUUUGGUAUGUUUUGAAAGUGCUACAUGGACUUUUAAAAUUCAUACAUGUAUUAUGAAUUUAUAUUGCACAUCUUAAAAUGGCAUUUGUCCUCACUAUGUCAUUCUCAGAAAACAUGAUUUUUAAAGAAGUUUGAAUAAUACCCUCAUUGAACCCUUUGCAUGAGAUACACUACUUGUUCCUCAGGCUAGGGUCUAUGGAAAAGUGCAUUAUCCCAAAAUCAAAGUGUGCGGAAUAUUGACUGGUCCAAUGAAGUGAGACCAAUGAAAUUUUCACCGAAGUUGCUGAUUAUAAAAAGUCUGAACACUAAACUGAAUGAUAUUUUAUCAUGGAAGUUAUUUAGAAUUUUAUCAGAGGAAGUGAGGUAAUAAAGUGAGGGACCCUCCUCUCUCUCUCUCUGGGAUAGGGCAGUCAUGGUCUAUAUCUCUAUACAUUGUAAGGAAACGUAAUGUAAAAAGGGGCGAUUUUUGUUAAAGUAGCAAAGUUGCUGAUUUCUUGUUGUAAAUAACUGUUAAUAAUAUAUAUGAAUUCUAUUUUAAUUUAAUCAAUUUCCCUAUCCAUGUCUACUUUCCCUGUCCAUGUUUUAUCUUUUGUUGUAAAUAUAAACUCACAAUAUUGAGACUUAUUUGAGGCAAAAAAAGCAAGCAUCUUCACAAUCAAAUAUCUAAAAUUUCAAAUUUAUUGAAUUCAGUGUAGAACAAUUUAAAGUGGAAAAAAGAUUAUAUUUCAUCAUGGGCUUUCCAUGACAUACA